AUGGCGACUAUCAGCUUCGACAUCAACGAUGCGCUCAAGCACUACAUGUCUGAUCCCACUUCAAUACCCACGCCGGAAGCGGACAGUGCCUUGUUUGAUUGCGAAAAUGAUCCCGAAAGCCUUACCAACCCCGUCAUUAAUCCGAUUCUGAACCCGAUUGUGGACGCUGUCGCGCACGACCCAGAUGCGAUUCUAAAAGCUGCCAACAUGGACUCAUUGCAGUUUUUACUAAAAUACCCGUCAUUUCUCCCUACACACGCAUUAAGCAAGGUGUUCGACUUGGUGAUGAGUGGUCUCAGCGCUGAAUGCGAUUACAUGUAUAACGACAUGGACACAGCAGACGAACAGGACUCUGUACCCCAUCACAAGCAACUUCUCGAGAUUUACGGAUUCUUGCUGCAGUGGACCAUCGCCGCUGUCGAAUCCAAGGCCGCGGAAAAGUCGUCCACCGCACCAAUGGGACGUGGCCGAGGCAAGGCCAAGAAAAGUACAUCCAAGGAAGAGGUAUGGGAUUCUGCCUCGCAGCUUCAGGCCGCUCUCGAAAUCAUGUGCAAGGUUUUGAAGCAGAAGCUGUCCAAGAUUUUCUUGACUACCAGUGAGCGAGACACCUUCAUCAGCCUCCUCACCAGGCCAGUCUACAUGAUCUUGGAAAGCGAACAGCGGUCCAAGGCUACGUCCAUUCGAAUGCACUGUUUCAAGGUGCUAUGCAUUGCUGUGAAGCAUCAUGGCCACGGAUAUGCUGCGCAAAUCAACGUUAUCCAGAACCUCACAUACUUUGAGCAUCUAUCAGAGCCCAUGGCCGAAUUCUUGCAUAUUCUUGCCGAGACAUACGAUUAUCCACAGCUUGCAGACGAGGUAUUGCGAGAAAUCAGCAACAAAGAAUUCAACUCAAACGACACCAGAGGCCCAAAGUCUGUCUCGGCCUUUAUUACUAAAAUCUCGGAGCUGGCGCCGAGACUCGUCAUCAAGCAAAUGACCAUGCUGGCUAAGCAGCUAGACAGCGAGUCCUAUACCCUGCGGUGCGCACUGAUUGAGGUGUGCGGUAACAUGAUUGCGCACCUCAGCCAGCAGGACGAGCGUAGCGAGAACCUUAAAUCCCAACUCAAUGCAUUCUUUGACGUUUUGGAAGAAAGGUUUCUAGACAUCAACCCGUACUGUCGCUGCAGGACCCUACAGGUGUACAUGAAACUCUGCGAGCUGGACCAAAAGUUUCCUAAAAGGCGGCAAAAGGCGGCAGAGUUGGCAUGCCGGAGCCUGGAAGACAAAAGCAGCAACGUGCGCAGGAACGCGAUCAAGCUUCUGGGUAUGCUGAUCAAAACCCAUCCGUUCACGGUCAUGCAUGGAGCCCAGCUGUCUCGAAAGGAGUGGCAGGAACGUCACGACAAGGUGGAGGAGGAGCUCAAAGCUCUAAAGCCGCCUCCCGGAAUGCCGGGAUUUGGUGAAGACAACGCCAACACAACGGUCGACAACGCACUCCUGGAUGAGGUAACCCAAAUGGAUUCACCACGAAAGCCCAAGGAAAUGACGGAGGAGGAAAAGACGGCCGCCUUCAAGAAAGCACAGGAAGAGGCCGCCACGGGGGAAGCGAUUGAGAAGCUAACGCUUACAAAACGGUACUAUAACGAAGCUCUCCGAUUCAUCGACGUUCUUCACGACGCCACGGAGACCGUGUGUCAACUGCUGGGUGCCCGAAACAAGAGUGAAGUCGUUGAAGCUAUUGAUUAUUUCGAAAUCGGCGACGCCUACAACAUUGAGAAGAACAAGGUUGGUAUCCGCCGCAUGCUGAGACUCAUUUGGACCAAGGGCAACAGCGACGAAGGAAAAGGUGUCCAGACGCACCUCAUCGAGUGUUAUCGGAGGCUGUUUUUCGAGGCUCCCGAUUCCUUUAGCCCCAAUGAUGCGGCGAAUUACAUCGCCCGAAACAUGAUUAGUCUGACGUUUGGUGCGACUCCAGCCGAGCUUACAUCCCUGGAACAGCUCCUUGCCACCAUGAUGAAGGGCGGCAUCAUCCCUGACGUGGUAAUAAGCAAGCUAUGGCAGGUGUACGGCGUACAGAAACGCGAGAUUUCUAGAACGCAGCGCCGAGGUGCCAUCAUCGUUCUCGGGAUGCUUGCCACUGCCAGCCCCGGGAUUGCGGUUGAUGAGAUUGAAACUAUGCUUCGCACUGGCUUGGGAUCGCGUGGACGAAACGACUUGCAGUUGGCCAAGUACACAUGCAUUGCUCUGAGAAGGAUCAAUCCGGUUGGCCGUCACGCCAAAGAGUCUACCGUUACAUUCAACAGACUUGCCAACGACCAUGCCGUGCUGGGACGUCUUGCGGCCGUUGCCGAGGUCCAGUCCGAGUCCAAGGAGUGGUAUGGGGUGGCGGAGCAGGCCAUCAAUGCAAUCUAUGCCAUAUCGAAACAUCCCGAUGUCCUGUGCUCCGAAAUCAUUCGACGCAAGACCAAGCAUGUCUUUGCACAGUCGCGGCCUGGUUCCAGGCCGACUUCGAGAGACGAAGGCAAGGGCGGUCCCGACAUGACCAUGAACCCGACAAUGAACCCAACCAUGCAGGAGGACAAGCCAAAGAAAAGCCGCGACAAUGCGGUCAACUUGUCGCAGUUGCUCUUCAUUGUCGGACAUGUCGCCAUCAAGCAGAUAGUCCAUCUUGAACUGUGCGAGCUCGACUUUAAGCGUAGGAAGCAGGAGAAGGAGAAGCAGACACCGGCCAAGACGGACAAGGACAAGGAGGAUGUGGACGAGUUGGAUCUCAUCGGAGGCACGACGGAAGACGACUUCACCGAAGCCAUGGCGCACAUCAGAGAGCGAGAACUCUUGUACGGGCCUGACUCACUAUUGGCCAUCUUUGGCCCGUUGGUUUCCGAGAUUUGCGCCAACAACACGAAAUAUGCCGACAAGGGACUUCAGGCUGCCGCGACGCUAUGCCUCGCCAAGCUCAUGUGCGUGUCUUCGGAGUAUUGCGAGACCAACCUGCCCUUGCUCAUCACCAUCAUGGAGAGAUCGCCAGAUGCUACUGUUCGGUCCAACGCGGUCAUUGCGCUGGGAGACAUGGCGGUUUGCUUCAACCAUCUCAUCGACGAGAACACCGACUUCCUAUACAGGCGACUAGCUGACGACGAUGCUUCCGUGAAGAGAACGUGUCUCAUGACGCUUACUUUUCUGAUUCUGGCCGGUCAAGUCAAGGUGAAGGGUCAAUUGGGAGAAAUGGCCAAGUGCUUGGAAGACGAGGAUCGACGCAUUGCUGACCUGGCAAGAAUGUUCUUUACCGAGCUCAGCACCAAGGACAACGCGGUGUACAAUCAUUUUGUCGACAUGUUUAGCCUGCUCAGUGCGGGUGGCAGAAUGGAGGAAGAGAGCUUCAAGCGAAUUAUUCGUUUCUUGCUCGGCUUUGUGGAAAAGGACAAACACGCCAGGCAGCUCGCCGAGAAGCUUGCGGCCAGGUUACCGCGAUGCGAGACGGAGCGCCAAUGGAACGACGUGGCGUUCGCCUUGGGACUGCUACCGCAUAAGAACGAAGAGAUUGCAAAGUUGGUGUCUGAAGGUUUCCGGGUGGUGCAGGCUGCAGCUUGA